UUCCUCCACAGUGUGAACCGACCGGCUGUCGGAGGUGCGUGAUCUCGUCGUACAAUUCACAAUUUCGAGAGGAAAAAAAACGUGCCGGAAAAAAUUCAAAUUACACGUGCGCGUUCCCACACGUUUCGAAUUACGUAAUGUGUUUUAUAGGGCCGAAAAUAGAAAUGGAUUAAUAAGUUUGAAUUAAACAAUUUGGGGUAUUUGUACUUUAGACAAUUUAAAUCAUGUUCCUAAAGAUGUGUAUUAUAGUAAGGACGUUAAUUUUUUUUACCAUUUCGUACGUCGGUCUCAGUUUCGGACAGGAUUACGAUCAGACUCCCGCCUUAGGAGUAAAGGGCACUCGAUGUUACGAUGAUUUUAAUCGACCGCAGGAAUGGGUUACGGCAACGGACAUUAAAGUCAUCCUGAACCGCCUCAACACCUUCGGCGACGAAGUUUUCGGAGAUCCCCAAGUAAUGCGCUCCUAUUUCUACGCCGUCGCCGACAUCGCCGUCGGCGCAAGAUGCAAAUGCAACGGUCACGCGUCCGACUGCAUAACAUCAACGGGCGUGGAUGGUUCACGACGGCGUGUCUGCAAAUGCGAGCACAAUACCGCCGGACCAGACUGUAACGAGUGCCUCCCCUUCUAUAACGACGCGCCUUGGGGAAGAGGUUCCGACAGGAACGUUCACGAAUGCAAACCGUGUAACUGCAAUGGAUUCUCCACCCGUUGUUACUUCGAUAAGGAUCUGUACGAAAGGACCGGACACGGUGGUCAUUGCCUAGAUUGUGCCGUAAAUCGAGACGGUCCAAACUGCGAGCGAUGCAGAGAAAACUAUUACCAAAGAGAAGACCACCAUUGCGUCGCCUGCAAUUGCGAUUCGGUAGGUUCGCGAAGUCUCCAGUGCAAUUCUGAAGGAAAAUGUCAGUGCAAGCCUGGUGUUACCGGUGAUAAGUGCGAUAGAUGUGACGUGAACCAUUACGAUUUUGGCACGCACGGUUGCAAGGGGUGCGGUUGCUCGGAGGAGGGUUCCGCCAACAAUGUGCCCAACUGCGAUCCGUAUACUGGUACGUGCCAAUGUAAGGAAAAUGUCGAAGGUAAACGCUGUCGCGAGUGUAAACCCGGCUUUUUCAAUCUGGACAAGGAGAACGAGUUUGGGUGCACCCCCUGCUUUUGUUACGGACACUCUUCUGAGUGCGUGCCAGCUCCCGGUUACUCCAAGUACCAGUUUGAAUCCAGCUUCACCAAAAGUGCAGAGAGAUGGCGCGCCGAAGACGAGUACCGUCACAACGUAGACCUUUCGUACCAUCCGCAUGGACAGAACAUCAAAGUGGUCGCUCCAAGGGAAGAACCCGUGUAUUUCAUUGCACCCGAUCGAUUUUUGGGGGAUCAAAGGGCGUCUUACAAUCAACUCCUGGAGUUCACGUUGAGAAUUGGUGAAAACCGACCGGUUCCGACCGCCACCGACAUUGUCUUCGAAGGUGCCGGAACUUCGAUCAGCAAUACCAUAUUCGCCCAAAGAAAUCUUAUUCCAGCUAUGACGAACCAACAUUACCGGUUCCGACUGCACGAACACCCCAACUAUGGGUGGCAACCACGAUUGACGGCACGAGCGUUUAUAUCGAUUUUGACCAACUUGACCGCUAUUCGAAUUAGAGGCACAUACACCGGACAAGGCGAAGGUUAUUUGGAUGAUGUUAAGUUAGAGACAGCGACACGUGGAGGAGCGGGAGUUCCGGCCUUGUGGAUCGAACAGUGCGAAUGCCCUGCAGGCUACGUCGGAGCUUUCUGCGAGUCUUGCGCACCAGGUUACAGACACUCUCCUUCUCACGGUGGUCCCUUCAGCCCAUGCGUACCUUGCGAAUGCAACAAGCACGCGGAAAUUUGCGAGGCGGAAACGGGUCGCUGCAUCUGCGAGCAUAACACGGCCGGCGACAAUUGCGAGUUUUGCGCGCGAGGAUACUACGGAAACGCGCUCGGAGGCACCCCUUACGAUUGUCAGUCCUGCGGAUGCCCCAAGGGAGGCGCCUGCAUUCAGCUGGACGAAAACAUAAUUAUGUGCGUCGAGUGUCCCAACGGUUACACGGGCCAUCGUUGCGACUUCUGCUCGGAUGGUUACUUCGGCGAUCCUUUGGCGCGUUUCGGAAUUUCGUCCCCUUGCCAGCCGUGCGAGUGUAAUUUGAAUAUCGAUACUAACGCAAUUGGAAAUUGCAACACGACCACUGGGGAAUGUCUGAAGUGCAUUCAUAACACCGGUGGAAGAAACUGUGAUCAGUGUUUGCCUGGAUUUUACGGAGACGCGCUGGCGCUUCCAAAGGGAGACUGUAAGCCUUGCCAGUGUUAUCCGGCAGGCACUGAAGAAGAUCAUCAUUCACUGUCAAUUUGUGAUCAAAUUUCCGGAAAUUGCAGGUGCAAAUCGCACAUAUUCGGCAGAAAUUGCGAUCAAUGCGAGGAUGGUUACUUCAAUAUUAUUAGCGGAGAAGGCUGUCUGCCGUGCAACUGCGAUCCGGUGGGAUCAUUAAAUCGUACCUGCAACCUGUACAAUGGUCAAUGUUUCUGUCGCGAAGGAAUCACUGGAUUGCGCUGCGACCAGUGCGAGGCGUAUCGGUAUGGAUUUUCCAUUGACGGUUGCAAGACGUGCGACUGUGAUCGAAUCGGCGCAAAGAGUCUCCAAUGCGACUUCUCCGGCCAGUGCCCUUGUCAAGAGAACGUGGAGGGCCGCCGUUGUGAUCGCUGCAAGGAAAACAAGCACGACAGGCAACGAGGCUGCGUAGACUGCCCUGACUGCUACAACCUAGUCCAAGACGACGCACGAAGGCACGUCUUCAUGAUUGAAAGGCUGGUGGACAUCUUGGACAAGAUCGAGCGCAACCCGACCGUAAUCGACGAUGAGAAUUUUGAAGAUCAGUUGAGGACUAUACAAGAGGAGAUAGAGCAGUUGUUGAUUGAAACGAAGUUGGGUACUGGAGGUGAUACGGAGUCGGUUACGGAUAAGUUGAACUACAUUCGCAAGCAGCAGAACAAGAUUGAAGGAGUUCUCGGAGAAAUUGAAGAGAACAUCAUUUUGGCACAAAGCAUUGGUGAACAAACUCAAAUUAAUCUAACUUACACCGAAGAAAAUAUAAAACUUGCCGAGAUCGAGCUGAAAAACGCGUUAGAAAGUUUAGAAACGGAGGGAAAGGACGCGCUCAACAAAGCCAAGCAAAGAGCGAAGGAAUUCGGUCAACAAUCUGUCAAAAUGACGACGAUCGCUCACGAGGCAAGGCAGUUGUCCGACGACUUGGAUAACAACGCCGACACCAUAACUAAGACCGCCUCCGAAGCGAAAAACAAAUCGAUCGAGGCUUACGAACUGGCCAAAAACGCGUCGGAUUUACAACGAAACGUCACCCAAGAAAUCAGACUGUUGAAAAACGACAUCGAGAACACAAAGACAAAGUUGGUUACGUUCAAGCAGUGGACGGGGGACGUUUACAAUAAAUCGCAGGAUGCGAAAACAAAGGCGCUGAUUUUGCUUAACGAAAUUAGCAAUCUAAUUAUACCGAACGUCGAUAUACCCAGCCUAAAGAAGCAGGUCGACGACAGUAAUAGCGAGGCGAAGAAAAUCCUGAACGAGACCAUGGAUCUUAUCGACAAAAGCGAUACGCUUCUGAACGAGGUCGGCGAACAAGUCCUAACAGCGGAGGACCUUCUGAACCGAGGGACCGACCAAAUGGACGUCACCACCGACUUGCUAAGCGAUAUUGAUUUGGCCAAGGCUCAAGCUGAACGCGCCAUACUUCUAGCUAAGGAUAUCCUAAACGAAGCGUUGGGAACUUACGAAACAGUCAGCCAUUUCGAUAAGCAAGUCAAGGAAAGUCAGGCGGCCGCACGGCAAGCCUUGGGCAGAAUACCGGAGAUACAAAAACAAAUGCUGGUCGCCGAAAACAAAACUCGUACCGCGGAUAAAUCGCUAAUCGACUCCAAGUCGAACGCGGACCAAGCCCUGUCGACCGCCAUCCACGCGAACGAGUUGGCCAAUAAGGCUUCUGAAACCGCCCAGAAAAUCCGCAACGAUGCCGAUUCCCUAUACCAAAACGCGACCAAGUUUAAAACCGAAGCCGGUCUGAUGAGCGGCCGUUUGGAGAACACCGAAAACGAAUUCGACAAAUUAUACCAACAGACCCUUAGCAACGAAACCUUGAUUAACGAAGCGAAAGAUAAGAUUGGUCGGGCGGGUAAGGACUCAAGCGAGGCGACUAAGAAAGUUAACGAAAUAAUCGCCGACAUCGAGGAGAUAAUGCGCAACCUGCAAGGUGUGGCGAAAUUAGAUGAUGCCGAAUUAAAUCGGUUGGAGGACGAAUUGGUGCGGGCGGAGCGGAAAGUGCAAGAGGCGAAUCUGGAUGUUCUGGUGGAGCGCUUGCAACGCGAGCACAAGGAGCAGAACGCGCUCGUCGACGCGUACACCCUGGAGGUGGAGUGGCUGCGAGGUGAGGUCGCCAACAUUCGCGAAAUAGCGAACGCUUUGCCGGACGGGUGUUUCAAACGUGUGCAACUUGAACCGUAAACUAGAUGUAUUAAUUAGACUAUACGUAGAAUAAGUAAAAUAAUUAUCAAACAAUUUCUUAAUUUUUUAUACCAAAGAAAGUUAGCAACGUGUAGGUUUAAUGUCGAUUUCUUUUUCUUCAUAGUUUUAUACACACUACCUUAUAAUUGUUUUUUUUUACUUCGUAAUCAUUCAUAUUUUGUAAUUUUGUACACAAUACAUAUUAAUAAAACGUUACUCUAUCAAA